AUGGUGCUGCCGCCCCCGGACCGGCGCCACGUGUGCCUGACCACGCUGGUGAUCAUGGGAAGCAUGGCGGUCAUGGACGCGUACCUGGUGGAGCAGAACCAGGGCCCGCGCAAGAUCGGCGUGUGCAUCAUCGUGCUGGUGGGCGACGUGUGCUUCCUGCUGGUGCUGCGCUACGUGGCCGUGUGGGUAGGCGCCGAGGUGCGCACGGCCAAGCGCGGCUACGCCAUGAUUCUCUGGUUCCUCUACAUCUUCGUGCUGGAGAUCAAGCUCUACUUCAUCUUCCAGAACUACAAGGCGGCGCGGCGCGGCGCGGCCGACCCGGUGGCGCGCAAGGCGCUGACGCUGCUGCUGUCGGUGUGCGUGCCCGGCCUCUUCCUGCUCCUGGUGGCGCUCGACCGCAUGGAGUACGUGCGCACCUUCCGGAAGCGCGAGGACCUGCGCGGCCGCCUCUUCUGGGUGGCGCUGGACCUGCUGGACCUGUUGGACAUGCAGGCCAACCUGUGGGAGCCGCCGCGCACCGGGCUGCCCCUCUGGGCCGAGGGCCUCACCUUCUUCUACUGCUACAUGCUGCUGCUGGUGCUGCCCUGCGUGGCGCUCAGCGAGGUCAGCAUGCAGGGCGAGCACAUCGCGCCGCAGAAGAUGAUGCUCUACCCGGUGCUCAGCCUCGCCACCGUCAACGUGGUGGCCGUGCUGGCGCGCGCCGCCAACAUGGCUCUCUUCCGCGACAGCCGCGUCUCGGCCAUCUUCGUGGGCAAGAACGUGGUGGCGCUCGCCACCAAGGCCUGCACCUUCCUGGAGUACCGCCGCCAGGUGCGCGACUUCCCGCCACCCGCGCUGGCUCUGGAGCUGCAGCCCCCAGCCCCCCAGCGCAACUCGGUGCCGCCGCACGCGCCGCUGCACGGCCAGCCGGGUCGCCCCCACGGGCCCUCGCCCACGCGAGACGCCCUGGACACGUGA